CGGGAAUACCUUUCCCCACCCAUCUCUCUCCCCGAGCAAAUCGAUCAAUCUCCCGUACGUGCGCUGCUCCUUCUCUCUCCCGUGCCGCUGCUCCUUCUCCUCCGCCGCUUCUUCAGAUCGAUCCCGUGCUACUGCUGCUUCCUCUCCUCCUCCUCCUCCUCCUCCAGGCGGCGCAAAUCGAGGUGGGACAGGGCCGACGAGAUCCCGGAGGACGUAGAGAUGGGGAUGGGUGAGAUCGAGGCGGCCGGCGAGCUCACAGCGACACGGAUCGAGACUGCCGGCGAGCUCCCGGCGCCACGGAUCGAGACGGCCGGCGAACUCCCGAAGGGGGCGCAGAUCGGGAUGGGUGAAGUCGUGGUCGUCAUCGCCGUCAUUCGCCGGUUUACCUGGUAAGACUACCUCCAUGGCUGCGCCGCCGCCGCUGGGCUCCUGCUCGAGCUCCCCGCGAAGGGGGUCGUGGGAGGAAGGGCGAGGCCACGACCUCCACAACGCGGCCGCGCCGUUCUCCCCCACGCCGCGCGCCCUCGAGUUGUCAGAUAGUUGCAGAAGAACGGGUGGCCAAAGUAUGCUCCGCGGACUUGGUUUGGUCGCGCGUGACGCCUAGCUGGCUGCGAAUCUCCGACGUGUCGAGCGAUGGCCGAAUGACACGUCGGAGCACUGUGAAUGGCUAUGGUCCAACAUGCCAAGAGGCCCACGAUCUGCGAUCUGUACCAUUUAAUAUUUUCAUCUUCUGUUUGGCUUCCGGCGACGGCGAUUGCCAGUCUUUGCUCCUCCUGUCUGUUCUGUCUGCUACUGUUUCUUUUAUGCAAAGUUGCUUGGUCCACAGCACUAAAUAAAGCCAUGGUAUCUAUGAUAUUCAUGGCAUUCUUUCAUCCGACGAACAAUUCCUGCAAGUAGUAGUCAUAUGGCAAGGGCCAAGGGGCAUGUCUGCCAGACUGCCACCUACUAAUAACCAGUAAAAAUUAUCACUUCAUUAAGCGCCAAGAUCCGUGCCUGGGGAUCUCGGACUGUAGCGGCAGAAGAAGAGGUGGUAAUGCAAUGGCCACAGCCUGUAAAACUGGGAGCCGGACAUGGUUUUCCGGCCUCGAGAUUCGUGUGGCGGGGGCGAGAUGGACGGCUACCGUUUGCUCGCUGAAUCACGUUGACUCCUGUUGCGCAAAGCAGCUCCAGCUCUGCCAACACGAGCCACGCCAGCGAAAGCUGACGAUGCCAUUGCCAGCUGCUAAUCAGCGGCGGUCCGGCCUUUUUUCAGCUCACUUCUUCUCCCAUAAAACGUAGUCUCCCGUCACCUCGCUUGCACUUCUCUAAGCUUCCACCCACCCACGUACGUACGCACGCAGAGCAGCAAGAAAUGGAUGCGGUCGCCGGCGCCGGGCAGCUCGUUGGCCUCGCCGCGGCCACGCUCCUCACGGCGGCCUUCCUCGUCGCAGUGAAGAUGGGGUGGCGGCGCCGCCGCCGCCAACGGGAGGUCGCGCCGGAGGGUGGCUGCCGGGUUGUUGGCGGCGAUGGGGGUGACCGGACGGACAUCGUCAUUGUUGGUGCCGGGGUCGCCGGAUCUGCGCUCGCCUACACGCUCGGAAAGGAUGGGCGACGAGUGCAUGUUAUAGAGCGGGACAUGACGGAGCCUGAUAGAAUUGUUGGUGAACUGCUACAGCCUGGUGGCUAUUUGAAAUUGAUGGAGCUGGGUCUUGAGGAUUGUGUUGAAGAAAUCGAUGCUCAGCGUGUCCUUGGUUACGCAUUGUUGAAAGAUGGGAGAAACACAAAGCUUUCUUAUCCCUUGGAGAAGUUCCAUUCAGAUGUUGCUGGUAGGAGCUUUCACAAUGGACGGUUUAUACAGAAGAUGCGUCAAAAAGCUGCAUCUUUGCCUAAUGUUCAUUUGGAGCAAGGAACCGUUACAUCAUUGCUCGAAGAAGGUGGCACGGUUAAGGGUGUUCAAUACAAGACAAAGUCAGGUGAAGAAUUAAAGGCCUAUGCACCAUUGACAAUUGUAUGCGAUGGCUGUUUCUCAAACCUACGGCGUGUCCUGUGCUCUCCAAAGGUUGAUGUGCCAUCCUGUUUUGUUGGGUUGGUUUUGGAGAAUUGUCAACUUCCUCACCCAAACCAUGGCCAUGUUAUCCUGGCUAAUCCUUCACCUAUCCUAUGUUACCCGAUAAGCAGCACUGAGAUUCGUUGUUUGGUUGAUAUCCCUGGGCAGAAGGUGCCUUCCAUGGCAACCGGUGAAAUGGCAAAAUAUCUCAAGACUGUGGUUGCACCUCAGAUUCCUCCAGAACUCCAUGAUUCUUUCAUUGCAGCAAUUGAUAAAGGAAGCAUAAGGACAAUGCCAAAUAGGAGUAUGCCAGCUGCUCCACUUCCAACCCCUGGCGCGCUGUUGAUGGGUGAUGCAUUCAACAUGCGACAUCCUUUAACUGGUGGUGGAAUGACCGUUGCGUUUUCUGACAUUGUUGUCCUACGCAAUCUUCUCAAGCCUCUCGGCAACCUGCACGAUGCACCUUCCCUGUGCAAGUACCUUGAAUCGUUCUAUACACUGCGGAAGCCUGUUGCUUCUACAAUCAACACACUGGCUGGUGCUCUGUACAAGGUCUUCUGUGCCUCAACUGACCAGGCUAAGAAUGAGAUGCGAGAAGCUUGCUUUGAUUACUUGAGCCUUGGAGGAGUCUUCUCAAAUGGGCCUAUUGCUCUUCUCUCUGGCCUCAAUCCUCGGCCUCUGAGUUUAGUAGCCCACUUCUUUGCUGUUGCUAUCUAUGGCGUUGGACGCCUAAUGCUCCCCGUCCCUUCACCUAAACGCAUGUGGAUCGGCGCGAGACUGGUUUCCGGUGCAUGUGGUAUCAUCUUCCCAAUCAUCAAAGCUGAAGGUGUGAGGCAAAUGUUCUUCCCUGCUACAGUCCCUGCAUAUUACCGGGCCCCUCCUCCAAUGGACCAGAUCCGGAUAACGCAUAUCAAUGCUAUCCUGCAUCGAUCAUGCCGUUUGUGUCCCCUGAUCUCGGAGCUGCUGGAAGCAGAAAAAGGAACAGAAGUACCGUGUUUGUUUCGGCAUCGAACUCUUCCCUUCAAACGUCUAAAUGCAUGCACAGGCGAUAUGACGUACACAUACAUGCAGUAAUUAAGCGCCGGUGGGUAUUUGGAUAUUUGGAUUAGCAUACCCACGUGGAGGUCGUCCAAGAAAACGACCACUUAACCUCGUGUCAAAAUCGGCGUGUACUUCCGUUUCGUGUCACUGCAGCUAGAGUGGCAAAUUUGGCCACUUCCCUUUCGUUGCCACUGUGAACUGCUAGCUGCGGCUGUCCUGCUGCUACUUGCUUCACGCGUGCGUGAAAGUACAUUAGGAGAAAUCAACAUCUGAUGUUUAUGGAUUGGGAAAGGAACAACGACGUCAAGGCUGUCACAACUUAAAAUUAAUUGUAAACGUUGUACAUCAAAACAGUUGCCUUCAAUCGGCUUUGUGCAUAA